AUGUCUCUGUCACCGGAGGCUUCGUCGAUUCUUGGAUUAGCCCUGCGGGAGAAAAGGGCAAGACGAAAGAGGGAGCACGAACUCGCAAAACUCGCCGAGCUCGGCCCCAACGUUCCCAUGAUAUUCUCUGAGUUCUCCGACGUCACUCCUCAGCUCUUACUUUCUAUCCGCGUCAUCACCGACUUCAAUCCCGCCUCCAACACCACCACCACCACCACCAUCACCAACACACGCCGCACCACCAUCUCGGCCACUAACGAUGCGCCAUCCACCGUCUAA